AUGCUGCGCCGUCAAACCCGUGAGCGUCGCGAUUAUCUCUACCGGAGAGCUCUGCUGCUCCGCGAUGCCUCCAUUGCCGAAAAGAGAGCGCAACUGAAAGCUUCAUUGGCUUCUGGAAAGCCGCUCGAUCCUACAAUUGCAAACGAUAAAGCGCUUCGUGAGGAUUUCAAAUAUGACGAGUCAAAGGACAAGGAAGACGCCGAUAUGGAUAUUGACGACGAAUACGUUUUGACCUCCGGUGUCAUUGAUCCUCGUCCCCUGGUCACCACUUCUCGCUCCCCCUCUGCUCGUCUCGGCGCAUUCGCCAAGGAGAUCCGUCUGCUUCUUCCUACCGCUAUUCGCCUCAACCGUGGAACCCUCGUCCUUGGAGAUCUGGUCUCUAGCGCAUCCUCUGCGGCUCUUACCGACAUGAUUCUUCUGCACGAACACCGUGGUACACCCACCGCGAUGACAAUUUCUCACCUUCCCCACGGUCCGACCGCUAGUUUCUCCCUUCACAACGUUGUUCUUCGCCAGGACAUCCCGAAUUCUGCUAAGGGCACCGUCUCUGAAAGCUACCCGCACCUAAUCUUCGAGGGCUUCAAGACCAAGCUCGGUGCUCGAAUCGUUCAGAUCCUCAAGCACCUCUUCCCGCCACGCGAAACCGGCAAGGUCGGCAACCGUGUUGUGAGCUUCGUCUGCAAGGAUGAUAACAUCGAGGUCCGGCACCACGUUUUCGUCAAGACCGGCUACCGUGAUGUGGAGUUGGCUGAAGUUGGCCCGCGCAUGACCAUGCGGCCCUUCGAGAUCCGGGGAGGCACAUUGGAGAAGGGCUCAAGUGGCGACGUUGAGUGGGCCCUCACCCAAUACACGAGGACUAGCAAAAAGAAGGACUACCUGUGA